AUGUCCGAACAUGCUAUCAAAGCCCCGGCGCGACAAAUGGACGAGUUUGAAGAGCUCGUCUACGAGUAUACGAUUCGAAUGGGCCUGGGCAGCGAGGAGGUUCGUCCUAACAAGCGACUAGCUUCGCGACAAUCCACUAGCCUCAAGGAUACAUCGCUGACUAUUCUCCAGCACUGGGAUGUCGAUGCGCGCAGCUGCAAUCUGCGCUUUGAAUCCGCAACCCGCGGCCCGCCGGCCAAGGUCUCCUUCCUCAUCAACAUCACCCCGGCUCUUAGCAACUAUAUGGGCAACUUGCACGGCGGUUGCGCUGCCACUUUGAUCGAUGUUCUCUCCACCACGAUUCUCUUGGGUGUCUCGGAGCCCGGCAAGUUCUCUCUUGGCGGUGUGAGCCGCAAUCUUAAGGUGACCUACUUGCGCCCUGUGCCGACAGGUACUGAGGCACGGAUAGUGUGUGAGUUGAUACAUGUCGGAAAGCGGCUGGCACUGCUGCGUGCGGAGAUCCAGAAGGCCGAGUCUGGGGAUGUGUGCGUUGUUGGAGAGCAUGAGAAGGCGAAUACAGAUCCGGAGAUGAAACAGAGGAUUUAA